GGAAGUGCGUGGCCGCCCGGGGCCAUGGCGGCACUCAGCUUCGUCUUCCUGCUGCUGGGUGCAGCGUCCUGGCCUCCGGCUUCUGCCUCCGGCCAGGAGUUCUGGCCCGGACAGUCGGCGGCCGACAUUCUAUCGGGGGCGGCUUCCCGCAGACGGUAUCUUCUGUAUGACGUCAACCCCCCGGAAGGCUUCAACCUGCGCAGGGAUGUCUAUAUUCGAAUCGCCUCUCUCCUGAAGACUCUGCUGAAGACGGAGGAGUGGGUGCUUGUCCUGCCUCCGUGGGGCCGCCUCUAUCACUGGCAGAGUCCUGACAUCCACCAGGUCCGGAUUCCCUGGUCUGAGUUUUUUGAUCUUCCGAGUCUCAAUAAAAACAUCCCCGUCAUCGAGUAUGAGCAGUUCAUCGCAGAGUCUGGUGGGCCCUUCAUUGACCAGGUUUACGUCCUACAAAGUUAUGCAGAGGGGUGGAAAGAAGGGACCUGGGAAGAGAAGGUGGACGAGCGGCCGUGUAUCGAUCAGCUCCUGUACUCCCAGGACAAGCACGAGUACUACAGGUGCCUGCUGAGGCUGCUCCCCCUGCCGCAGGCAGGUCCCCUUUGUGCUGAGGCCUCGAGAAUGGGCUGUGAUGAACACCUGGCUGAGACCACGUGCCUUUUUCCCUGUGUCUUUUCACGCAUUGGAUGUUGCCACAGGGAUGGAGGUCUUGUCAGUCCCAAGUGUCGAUUGCCAUUAAAGGCUCGGACACUGCCAGGACUCCCGUGGAAAAGCUGUCAGUUAACAGCCUCCAUGUGUCCAGUGCCAGGGCAGCUGGCUCUAAAACAUGGCAGAGGAUGGUUUUGGGGUUAUGAGGAGACCAGGGGUCUAAACGUCUCCUGUCUGUCCGUCCAGGGCUCAGCCUCCAUCGUGGCGCCCCUGCUUCUGAGAAACACAUCAGCCCGGUCCGUGAUGUUAGACAGAGCCGAGAACCUACUUCAUGACCACUAUGGAGGGAAAGAAUACUGGGAUACCCGUCGCAGCAUGGUGUUUGCCAGGCACCUGCGGGAGGUGGGAGACGAGUUCAGGAGCAGACACCUCAACUCCACGGACGACGCAGACAGGAUCCCCUUCCAGGAGGACUGGACGAAGAUGAAGGUCAAGCUGGGCUCAGCGCUAGGGGGCCCCUACCUGGGAGUCCACCUGAGAAGAAAAGAUUUUAUCUGGGGUCACAGAGAGGAUGUGCCCAGUCUGGAAGGGGCCGUGAGGAAGAUCCGCAGCCUCAUGAAGACCCACCAGCUGGACAAGGUGUUUGUGGCCACAGAUGCCGUCAGAAAGGAAUAUGAAGAGCUAAAAAAGCUGUUACCCGAGAUGGUGAGGUUUGAACCCACGUGGGAGGAGCUGGAGCUCUACAAGGACGGAGGCGUUGCGAUUAUUGACCAGUGGAUCUGCUCACAUGCCAGGUUUUUCAUCGGCACCUCAGUCUCAACAUUUUCUUUUCGGAUUCAUGAGGAAAGAGAAAUCCUGGGAUUGGACCCCAAGACGACGUACAACAGGUUCUGCGGAGACCAAGAGAAGGCGUGUGAACAGCCCACCCACUGGAAGAUCACCUACUGAGAAGGCUCCUCCGGGGCCGCUCCCCGGACCCGACUGGCGCAGGUGGAUGCAGGUUCUGUCACCGUGGAGUCACCGUCUACUGCCAGCCAGGAGCUGGACGGACAGGACCGUCCCUCGCAGGGUCCCAGGCCCAGAAGAGGCCCCACGCAUCUAGAGGUGCAACGCGUCUAGAGCUGUGCUCCAUCCUCGGCGUUUCCAGCUGCCAUGGCUGAUGAAGAGGCUCCGCUGCUCUCGGGGGCGGCGGUUUUUUUCAGGCAGCGUCUGUGAACUCACAGCUCGGUUGCCAGCAGGGCCCGUGUGGUGACCCAGAAGCAGGAGUGUUUGUCAGGCUCCAGCUCCGGCCUUUCCAGCCACCUUUCAUGUCUUCAUAUUUUAAGCGCAUUGAGGAUAGGUGUAGGCGGGUGAGCUGCCCUCCGUCAGGUGGACAUGGGCUGACAUUUCCCUGGGAGCUGGUGGAAGGAGAAGCGUCAUUUUAAAUGUCUGCAGAGCGACCAGGGGCCUCAUGAAUCCCUCCGUUGCCUUCCACGCAGCAGGAGGCUGCCUGUGUGUUUCCUCCUGGGAUGUGUGCAGGGCAGACCUACACUGCAAAGGGAAGGGCCUGAGGCCUCAGGGAGCCCCGUGGAGGGAUGACAGUUCAGGCCCUACUGUUGGCACAGAGUGCUGGCAAGUUUUUCAGUGACGUCUCUGGGGCACUCAGUGGAUUGUCUAUAGGAAACUUGCAGCUCCGCUCCGCACACCAGGCCCGGCUGGCUGCCCCGCCCUCACCCCAACUGCCCGUCCCUCUCUCCGGCUGGCCGCCCCUCCCUCGCCCGGCUGGCUGCCCCGCCCUUGCCCUGACAGCCCUUCCCUCACGCCGGCUGGCAGGUGCACAUGGGGCCUCCGGGUCUACCAUUCGCUAUUGAGAACUAGAAAUGAGGAAGGACAGUUACACUAACUACAAAAGGCUGUCUAGGAUGAGCUGCUUUAUCAGGGAGCUCCUCGUACCCAUUUUACAGAAAUCAUUUUUAGGUCUUUGUGCCACCACCACGAGGGGCAUCUCCAAAGAGGGCAAUGCUGGACACAAUCCAUGGGAGGUGCAGCAGUGCCUCAGGGGUCCUCAGGGUCAGGGAGCCCCCCCCUUCGCCCUCUUGGCCCGUUACCCUUUGUGACUUCCCACCAUGGUGUCAUGUGACCCUCAGUCAGGCUGGUGGGGGCCGAGUCCUCACUGACCAGCCACUUUCCACAUCUGCUAGAGGAACAGUGACAUGGACACUUGUGGGACAGAGAUGACAGUGAGGAGGGACAGACAGCUCUUCCCUUCGGAGCCUGGCUAGUCUAGGACAUCACCUUGCUGUGUCUUCUCAAGCUUUUAAAAUUGACCCUGAAUGUGUGACAGGGUCCUAUGGUGUUACUCAAAGCUGUGCAGGGUAAAUGAUGACAUAUUUAUUCUUUUUCCAUUUGUUCUAGAAACAGUGCCUUUUUCAUCAGUUGCAUUUUCCAGGCUGAGAGCUGUAUAAAACAUUUUGGACUGUGACCAUGUACCUUCCUUUUUAAGAGAAAUAAACUGCUUUAUGGUAGCUGGUA